AUGGGUGACGUUGUCGGAAGCACCGUCUGGAUCAAAUUGAAGAACGGCCAAGUUGUCUGUGGAGUCUUGCAAUCCAUCGUCGCCGGCUCCCAUCUUACACUGCAGAACGUGUACUUUCCAAGUUCAGGCACGCGAUGGCAGACCUGGACUCUUCAAGCGACCGCCAUUGAGGACUUGGAAGUCACCCAAACGAGCGCCAUUCCUCCUCCGCAGCAGCCUCCACCGCCUCCUCGAAUACAACCGGAAUUUGCGCAAGCUCCCAUCCCACAAAAUGCCUAUCGACAAGCCCCACCGCCAGUCGCUGAGCUGCCAGAAGCUCCACCCACCAAAGCAGCAUUCGUCGAUCCCGCCAUCGUGAGCUAUGGAUCAGCAUCGCCAGUGCAGCAAAAGAGACGACCAUCGAAGCCGAGCGAACUGGAAACCCCUGUGAAAGCCAUGCUUGCCAAAGCAGCCGCCAACCUUCCAAGUCCUGGUUCGCCAUUUAUAGCAGAUCUCGUCAAGGCCAAUGUUGCGCAGAAGCUCUCCGCGGCGGCAACAGGGUCGGCGCUACCCGGAGCUGUCCCAAUUGUAGCAGAAGAUAUUGUGUCGCAAGAGAAUGGGGCCAAGAAGAAGGUGCGGAGAGGCCAGAAGGCUAAGAAGCAGACGGCCGGAAAUCCAGCAUCAGAAUUUGCAAACCCACCUCCGGUGAUGAAUUCUGAAGUGUCAAGAAACGGAAAUGAUAUGAAUGGUGCUGUGAAGAGAGGCAAAGGAUGGCGUAUGCAACAUGAGCAAAUUGGUGAGCCUCACUUCGCGAUAGCCACGAGUAUGACACCCUGUCCAACACUCCUGCCUCGUGCGUUGGAAGCCCUGGAGACAGCUGCGGUUUCCGCGUUCGGGAUCACCUACGACUCUGUUACUGAGAAUGCCGCUCGAUGCAUCGCUGAGGCGGCUCUUCAGUUGAGCGACUUGCACGGGAACAUGCGUCGACCAUCCCGAACAAACACGUUGCGAGGAAGCAUGACAUGCAACACUGCCUUGCCAAGUCCCACGGAAGGCGCGACUGUCGUGGUUCUAGCAGGCAAUCACGACAUUGGCGCUCGUGCUCUUGCCGCGGCUCGUCAGCUGCUUGGCCGCGGCGUGAACAUCAUCGCCGUGGAGUCGUUAUUCGAGACAGCAGACUCUCAAGACCCGCAGAUGAAAACUCAAUCGGCCAUCCUCAGGCGAAUGACUCGCCGUGAUGGUAGUGUUUCGAAGCUUAAACGUGGUCGAUGGAGCAAAAGCUAUCGACAUAUCAAGAACCUCACUGGGCCGCCGGCAGUUAUCAUCGAUGCACUUCUAGCAGGAGCGACAUACGAGAGCCUGCUGGCACCAAACGCCGAGUUCAGCGCGAAUGCUCAAAGGGAGACUCGCGAGAUGAUCGACUGGGCGAAUCGUUCCAGAGCGCCUGUGCUCUCAAUCGGAUGUCCAUCAGGUCUUUCCGGCGUCGAUGGCAUCAGCACCAUUGUCGAAGGCGAGCCUCUCUCCAUUCGACCUGAUAGAAUCCUUGCGCUCGGAGCCCCGUACCAGGGUCUCUUGAAAGCGGUCGAAAACGGAGAGCUUGACAAAGUCAAUAUCUCUGUCGCUGACAUUGGUAUUAAUAUCGCUCUUAAAUCCGAUGAGGCUGUGGCUUUUGGGACUAGCUGGGUCCCUGAUCUUCAGUAUCAGCCUGUGGUAUGA